AUGGGUGCAGAGGACUCUUGUCGUCCGGGAGCUGGUGCUGGUCGGGCGGACACUGGGGGUGAGAGUGCGCCUCCUUCGGGUUCUGGUGAGCCUGGGUCUGGAGCUGGUGUUAGUGCUGCCUCUGGGGGUGGAGCUGGCGUUGGAGAGAGAGGAGAGGGAGUUACAGCGGCUGGAGGAGUAGCAGCAGCAGCUGGAGCCGCAGGAGCAGCAGCAGCAGCAGCAGCAGCUGGACCCGCAGGAGCAGCAGUCCCAGCAGCAGCCGCUUCCGCAGCAGCAGCAGUCGCAGCAGCAGCAGCAGCAGCCACUUCCUCCUCCUGUCUCGGUUCUCCGCCUUUGUCCUCUCCUCCUCCGUCUCGUUCUUGGGCUACUCGUCGCUCCCCUCGUGCUCGUCCCUCGUCUCCUGUUCCCUUCACUGACCUUCGUACUGCCUUCCUUCUUUCUAGUCCACCUCGUCCGUCUCAGUCUGUGCUUCCAUCUCCUCCUGAGUCGGCCCUCACUGUGUCGCUCCCUACUCCUGUCACUGACUACUACCGCACGUACCGUCCUGUUCUCUCUCGUGUUCUCGCCUCUCUUGUUACUCACCCUCGUGCCUCUGUGUCCUCUGUGUCCGCUCUUACUGCCGCAGUUACUGACUUUGCCUCUACCCGCCGCCUUGACUACGCCACCGCGCUUGUGGCUGCUCCUCCUACCAGUCCUCUGGCCGUCGGGGGUGUGUCUGCCCUUGGCUGUGACGCCCUAGAGGACAGGCAGUUUGAGCUAGAGUUCCUGGCGGCCGCUUCCCCUCAUCUCUGUGCCAUGCUCCUCGCCCCUGAGGGUGACCCCGACGCCCUUGACAUUCCAACUCCUCGCACUUACGCUGAGGCAGUGUCAGGGCCUUGGGCCUCUCAGUGGAGAGCUGCCAUGGACGCAGAGAUGGCCUCCUACAGAUCCACAGGCACCUACGUCGAUGAGGUUCCCCCCCCUGGGGCGAACGUAGUCGACGGCAUGUGGAUCUACAGGGUGAAGCGGCCACCGGGAUCUCCCCCGGUCUUCAAGGCGCGCUACGUGGCUAGAGGUUUCAGUCAGCGCGAGGGAGUUGACUUCUUUCAGACCUUCGCACCUACCCCGAAGAUGACCACUCUUCGGGUGUUACUACACGUAGCAGCACAGAGAGACUACGAGUUACACUCUCUCGACUUCUCCACUGCUUUCCUUCAGGGCAGCCUACACGAGGAGGUCUGGUUGCGUCGUCCCUCGGCCUUCACUGGCACCUUCCCUCCUGGGACCCAGUGGAGGCUGAGGCGACCUGUUUACGGUCUUCGCCAGGCCCCUCGUGAGUGGCACGACACUCUGCGUUCUACCCUCUCUGACCUUGGGUUCCAGCCGUCUUCUGCCGACCCGUCGCUGUUCGUUCGUCGUGGCUCCACACCGUUCUUUGUUCUGGUUUACGUCGACGACCUCGUUUUCGCCACUCCGGACAGGGUUGCUUUGGCAGACGUGAAGUCCGAACUGCAGAAGAGACACACGUGCACUGAUCUUGGUGAGCUGCGCCACUACCUUGGCCUGCAGAUCACCAGGGACAGAGCCGCUCGCACCAUUACACUCUCACAGUCACACAUGGUGCAGCAGGUCCUUCAGCGGUUCGGGCUUCAGCACUCCACCGUACAGCGCACACCUCUCGCUGUUGACCACAGACUCACUGGUCCCUUUCCUGACGAGCCGUUUGAGCCUAGUGGUCCCUACGCAGAGCUUGUGGGUUGCCUCAUGUACCUGAUGACUUGUACUCGCCCGGACCUCGCCUUCCCUCUCAGCAUCCUUGCGCGCUUUGUUGCGCCAGGGAGACACCGUCCUGUUCACUGGACGGCAGCUAUGAGGGUGGCGAAGUACCUAGCGACUACAUCAGGCGUGGGGCUAGUUCUUGGAGGGCAGCAGUAUGUCGUACUCACUGGUCACUGUGACUCCUCUUACGCUGACGACGCUGAGACUCACAGGUCUACUUAG